GAUAAACACGCUACUCUCCCUUUGCCUUGCUGAAAGAAGAACAAAAGUGUCUGUGUGUUACUGCUAUAGCUAGCGAGCUAUUUCUACUGAUCCACAACCUCUUUCUCAAUAAUCCGGCCCCAACCUUCUUGUUUUUUGACGGUGUAGAAGGACAAAGAGAGAACAAUGACUGCCGACGUUCAUAGAAUGGGUCAAGGACAGACUCCUCUGUUUGCAAGGGCUCGCUACCCGAACCAAGCUGACGCCGAGGAUGAGCUAACUUUCCGUAAAGACGAGAUACUACAAGUACUAGAGAAAGACUACAAGGGGCAGGUUGACUGGUGGCUCUGCCGCCUUGGAGAGAACGUUGGAAUGGUGCCUGCUAACUACCUCGAGAUAUUUCAUCCUCACUCGCCCAAACCGGCCUCCAACACAACCUCCUCCUCCACGUCCAUUCAAAAGGAGAAAGAGGACAUCAGUGAGAAGGCUGACUACGACAUACCUAAAUCCCAGUCAAAAGGACGUGCCAAUUCCGCCAAUCGUACCACACCCCCAAAUACAGCUCUCCUUAACCCUGCACCCCACGAGUUGGACCCCCGAUAUGCUGAUUACGAUUUCCCCCGUCGUGCUACCCCCGGCCCAUCAAGUGAAGAUAUAUACGACCUCCCACCCCCUGAGGACAAUGAUUACGAUUUCCCUCCAGUAGAGAUCUCAUCAGCUGAUCCUCACCCUUCAGAGGAUCGCCCGCCCAGCAGCAAGUCAUAUCUGAGCACAAAUACCAGCAACAGAGUGUCAAGUGCUUCUGUUAGUUCAACGAAUCAAAUUUACGACAUUCCUCCAGCUAGUCCCUCUGCUAUUUACGACACGCCUCCACUAGAUGCUUUCGGUGAUAGUCCCGGGAGUAGACGUGGCUCUGGUGAAGUAAUGGACGUCACAUCAAUGUAUGAGAAUGAAGCUGAAGAGUUUCUUAGUAAGAGUAAAACAGAUAUUGAUCGUAAAUUUGAUGACCUCUGGCAGUGCGUGUAUGGCAAUAAUGCAUACUGGGGCUCUGAAAUGAAAAUGAGACGUAAGGAAACACUCCAGCGUACACUAACAGCUGCUAAAGACCUCGACAAUAUACUUUUGAGUCUUGUUGCGUUUGGUAAAGGCGUACACAUGGCCCUAGAGAGUUCCAACAUGAAAGAUGCCAACUUUAAAAAGAAGUAUUUGGCUGCUAAUGCCAUACUUGUUAAUAAGAAGAAAGACAUCCUCUCAAAGAUCGAAUUACUUGAAGCUGAUGAGAAGGAUGUCCCAGUCACUGCUACUGUGAAAUCACUCCUAGAAGGAGCUAGAACAAUACCUCAGGCUGUACAGGCUUUUGUAAUACUAGUACAAGCUAAUCGUACCAUCCUUUUCAAGUCCUCGGUUAAAAGUGUAGAUGAAUUAUUACCAGUACUCACUAAGAGUGAAGUCAAGAAUCGUCCUCUUCCUGAGCUACCUGAGGCAAGGAGAUCAAAAAGACUCGACUCUGGAAGCGACUAUGCUGACAUAUCAAUGGAAUCAGAAGAUAACACUCACCAAAUGUCAUCAAAUUAUUCAGACAACACAUUAGGAGCUAAUUCCCGCAGACGAAACCCACAGGACAUCCUUCCUCCUCUUCCAUUUGCAACGCUACGAAAAGCCCCAAAGAAGAAAGCCUCGCCAUCACCAAUGCCGAACUCAUACGACGGAGAUGACUAUGACGAUAUUGAUGGGGCUGCAACUGGUGUGCCUGAAUCUCAACCACCUCCUCUUCCACCUCGUACCGACAACUACUUGAGUCCUUCCACAUCAAAGUCUCGUCACCCGCUAGCUCGUCAAAGCUCUGGUAGCUCUGAUGGCAGUGGUAGUCCUAUGAGAAGCAGAUCGCCUGAUGUUAGCUCUAAUUAUAAUCCUUACGGUCGACCAAAUGGUAUGAGACGCUCCAAUAGUCCACCUUCGAUUCAGCCUCUGAGACAAGAGGACAAGGAGCUAUUGGCACGUUAUUGUCAGCAGAUGGAGCUGUUGGUUCCAGGUCUUAAAGAUGCCAUUCAAACAUUCCUAGAGAGUAUACGUAAUUCAGAAUCGCCCAAAGAGUUUGUCAUAAAGAGCAAGCUCUCUGUUGUAGCAGCGUAUAAACUAGUCUAUAUUGCAGAUUCGUUACAUCAGAAACUAUUGCAUAACGACAUCAAGGCAACUGUAGCUAGCUCUAGUAACCAAUUAACUGAUACUAUUAAGAGUCUUGUUACUGAGACGAAAACAGCAGCUCUCCAGUAUCCUAGUGUUGCUCCUCUCGAUAAAAUGAAGGAGAGUCUCAAAGCUUUAUUUCCAGCUUGUCUGGAUUUAGUUUCAGCUGUUAAGAAUCCUCCUCAGUUCUGGUGCGAUGUGAGAGACGCUCAUUACUAACCCUCUAUGAAAUAAAUACUCUCUCCUUCUUAUCUCUUCUCUUCUUUCUAUUCUUCUUUCUCUUUCUUUCUGUUUUGUCACUGACUGUAUAUGUUCUUAUAAAUACCAUUACUCACUUGUUGUCAUCAACAAAAAUGUA